GCAAGAAGUUCUAAACUAGCACUAACAUUUUUACAAAACAUAUUCUUGGCCUUAUUGACUCUCAUUUUUGAAAAUCGAGAACUUUCUAAAUCUUCUGCCUUCAUUUUAGGUGACAGAAGAAAAUUUAGAUUAGAUUGAGUCCGGAUGAGAUCUUCGAAAUGUUCAAUUUGAACGGCAUUUGUCGGAAGAUUGUACUUUUCUUGAGUAGUUUUUGAUAGCUAAAUUAUCUUAUUAUUUAUCAAGCUAGCCUUCAAAUUUUUCAGCAAAUGAGGAACAUCAGCAAGAAAAUACAACUUUCUGUGGGCAUCCAUCGGAUGUGGACAGCUGUUGCUCACAUCGGUAUGACGACCUGCACUUAUAUUAAACGAUGCCCACAGUGCACGGUUUGCAGUACCCAUGUCAGAUGUAACAGCAGUCACUUGACUCCUGCCAGCAUAAAGACAAGUGCAUGGGUUGCAAUAUCUGGUUUGUGCCCUGGCAAAGUGACAUUUCCGAUGAACUGGUUAGUGGAAACAUCGUGGACUUUUGCAGUAACCUGGAACAUCGAUCAACUUUGCUAUGUAAAGUCUGCGGUGAGCAAAGAGGAUACUGUGCCGAGGAAUUUGGCGAGGAGGUGGAAGGAAAGUGAGAUGGCUCGGGCGAGGAGUUUGUCCAGGAUACUGACGAUGACUUUGGAGAGGGACUGGUAAGGCAGCCGGCACCAGCUUCGCGGUAAGCCCCACUGAGCGGUCCCGCUGCUUACUUCCGACACACUGGAUGAAAAGGGAUGGAACUGCGGUUAUUUUCAAUUUUCGGGAACCAUCUUCGCGUGUUCGCUCCCAAGCGUCUUUAGCGAAAUGUACCUGGAGAUUUGUUGGAAGACAUGAAAUGUUUCGUGGACUGUGGACUCAUAUACUAAUCCACAUAGUAAUAAAAAUCUUGGAUUAGGAUAAUUCAGAGA